CAAUAAACAAAGCUCAUUUUUAAUACGCUUUCAUUUUUCAUUCAUAAAUUGUGUCAUAUGUUUUAAACAUUAACUGCAGAAAAAUAUUCGCUUCAAGUUAAAUAUAGUAAAAAAUAAUUAAGGAAAAUUGGUGAAUUCUGUUUAGAAGGCUAAUUUGGACACUACUCUUAUAUAUUGCUACUUAUCAGCCGUCAUGUUGGAAGUCGAACCUAGUCCCAUCAAUGAGAAAGACUUAGAAGACCUCAAGGAUCGUAUGAAGCUUAUUGUUGAAGCAGAUCCAAAGCAAUAUCACAAUGACUUUUCUUUAAGGCGAUAUCUGCGAGCUUUUAAAACUGUGGACGCUACAUUCCAGGCUAUACUGAAAACUAAUAAAUGGCGUGAACAAUAUGGAGUAAGUACACUGGCAGAUUCAGAAGCUAUAAAAUUGCAUGGAAAUAAAGCACGCGUUUUAAGACAUCGUGAUUGCGUUGGACGUCCUGUCAUUUACAUACCUGCAAAAAAUCAUAACUCUAACGAUCGCGACAUAGACGAAUUGACAAAAUUCAUAGUAUUCUGCUUAGAAGAAGCUUGCAAAAAGUGUUUUGAAGAAGUUGUUGAUAGCUUGUGUAUUGUUUUUGAUUUAGCUGGGUUUAGUACAACAUGUAUGGACUACCAGCUGGUGAAAAAUUUAAUAUGGCUUCUAAGUAAGCAUUACCCAGAGCGGUUAGGUGUAUGUUUAAUUAUUAAUGCCCCAGGGAUAUUUUCUACCAUAUGGCCGAUCAUUAGGCAAUGGCUGGAUGAAAAUACAGCAAAAAAAGUAAUUUUUGUUGAUAAUGAGAUUGAUUUAUGCAAGUAUUUAAUACCAGAUAUUUUACCCACUGACAUGUAAACCUCCCCAAAACAUAUGAAAGGUCAUAUAAACCUUAUCAAAAGUACCUACGCAACUAUGGUGCAGUAUUUUUAAUAUUGCUUCAUAUUAACAACUAGAUGUAAAUAUAUCCACAAAUUUUAAAUAUGAAAACACACUACUAUUAUAUAAAAAUAUUCUGCAAGAUAAACAUAUACAUACAUACAAUGAGAUAAAUAUUUAUAAACAUGGGUCAACCCUUUGUAGCAAAAUAAUCACAAUAAACUAUAGAAUUUGAGUGUAUACUCAUAUUACAUUUGUACGUAUAUACCUGAACUGUAUAUUUGUAUUGUAUAUUGAGCAGUUUCAGUUAAAUGUUAUAUGAUGAGAGAAUAUGUAGAACAUUCCAAAAUAUUACUAAUAAACAUAUUUAUUCGUACG